UUUACCUACUCGUACGCCUAAGCUCACCCUUUGAUCCCGGUUUAAAGCUCAAUCGCGCGGGAUCGCCGGUUAGGGUUUCGCAUCAGUCGGAUGCAGCGCUCUCAACAACUCGCCCAACGUAAUGGCUAGCACUCCUGCUGUAACCAGCUCCUCUGGCAGCGGCACACUCAGCAUCAGCACCACCGCCGUUGCAACUGACAGCGCCUCGUUGACCGCUGCCACGAUUUCGACUACUUCCAAGCUUUUGGACGAAUCUCUCUGGUGGGAAUCUUUCGUCGUCCUCUUAGAAGAACUCGACAGUGCUCCUACACUCUCCGACCUCGAUGACAACAUGGUAAAUAAGCUCAAGAGAAAUCAUCCCUGGUUCUUGGACUCGGUUUCACGCUUCAAGUCCCCAAAUGAAUUAUCUAGGCGUGCCUUGGAUUCGAACGAGAUAUCCCUCGGAUUACACAGCAUUGUUAUAGAGCCGAAGUUGAAGGAAGCUGCGCUCCGGGCUAGCAAAGUUCUGUGCUUGGAUGAGGUGCAGACAUACAUUUUGGUUAGCAGGUCUGUUGAGAAUGAUAGGUCUAUUGCUCGUGUUGAAGGGCAAGAUUUUUUACAAUGGAACUUCGUGUUUUGAUUCCAACUGAUUGGUCCUUUGGUGGCUGGGGAUGGUGUUGGUGCAAGAUGUUGCCACUCCCUUCCAUCUGACACUGGCACUUGUCCACAUGAAGUUGAAGAUUAUUUGCUUGGGUUGCAGGCCAAUUGUAGCGUAUGAAGGUUGGUUGAGCCAAUAUGAACUAAUUUGGGUAAGAUAUUAACAUUU